CAACACUGACCAAUCAGGAACAGAGGAGGUGUUCCCAGCUUUAUUCUGCACCGGAACGUGCGUGCGAAUAACAAUAAACAGCGAUCAUACAGCGGAUGGCAGACACGUCAGGAUAAAAAACAAACAAAAACAACAUCGAUAGCUGCAGUCAUGGGCAAGGCCCAGUCACAUUUGAUCAAACACAAGGAUGAGAGUCAAGACGCCCUGACGUCUGCUGGCGAGUACAAAGACGGUCAAUCGGAGGAGGAUGGAAAGAAUGGAGACGUAUCUCAGUUCCCAUACGUGGAAUUUACUGGACGGGACAGUGUUACGUGCCCGACCUGCCAGGGCACUGGCAGAAUCCCACGAGGUCAAGAAAACCAGCUUGUGGCUCUGAUUCCAUACAGCGACCAAAGGCUCCGGCCAAGCAGGACAAAGCUCUAUGUUACCAUAUCCGUGGCUGUUUGCCUGCUGCUGUCUGGCCUGGCAGUUUUCUUCCUAUUCCCUCGCUCCAUUGAUGUUUCCUAUGUGGGAGUAAAGUCUGCCUAUGUCUCCUAUGAUCAGGAUAAGCGAAUCGUCUAUCUCAACAUUACGAACACGCUGAACAUCACCAAUAAUAACUACUACGCCAUAUCCGUGACCAACAUCACGGCACAAGUUCAGUUCUCCAAGACGGUGAUAGGCAAGGCCAAGCUGAACAACAGCACGGUGAUCAUACCGCUGGAUGAAAAGCAGCUGGACUACACAGUUCCCACCGUCAUCGCUGAUGAGAUGAGUUACAUGUUUGACUACUGCACCUUAGCAACAAUUAAAGUUCACAACAUAGUGGUCAUGAUGCAGGUGACUGUGACAACAACAUACUUUGGUCACGUGGAGCAGGUCUCUCAAGAGAUGUAUCAGUAUGUGGACUGCGGGGGCAACACCACCUCGCUGCAUGGGCAUGUGCAGAUCUACAAAUAAGGGAAGCCGAGACUCCUCUGGGAUGUAGGUUUUUUUGCAGACAGACAAGGAUAACCUGCACGUGAAAGCACGGGAUAUCUUUACGUGGUGACAGUUGAAUCGUGUUUCUCUUAAAUUAGUGGUUCAUCUGGUCUGACUUCCCCAACCACUUCAUUAUUUUACAUUAUAAAUAUGUUUAGAAGAGACGUUUUGUCACUGAUGGCUGUCAGAUCAGUCAAGGUUUGAAGUCUUUUUCCCACCGUGCUGCAAACAGAAUAAAUCUAUUCUUCUAGUUAACGGAGGGCACUCCUACCUAAGUAAAAUACUGGAAGAAGUAGUUUUGAUGCACUUUACCCUGAUCCUUACCAACAGAAAUAAUAAGAGUGUGUUUUAGAAGAGUGGGAAUGCUGCAUCUGCUAACCCAUCCUAUCCUAAACCACCUCCUACCUGAACUGUUCGUAAGGUUUGACACAGAUGUGGACUUUUGGGCACAGUGAAAAUAAAAGCACUGAGCAGUUCCCAUCAACCUUUUUCAUCUUUCUUUUUAUUUUCUUUAAUAAAUCUACGGUUGUUGAUGUUGUUUGCUGCAAUAUACAGAACUGCUCUCGCAUCUUAUUGGUUAGUUUUUUCCCCCUUAUUUUAUUGAGGCAAAUGUGACUACUGUGAAAACUUUUAAAUAGAUAUUUUAUUAAAUAAUUAAAGCAAUUGUUGCCAUUUAAGUCACUUUGUAAAAGGGAUAAGUGUUCAUUUCAAAGGAAGAACAAUGGGCUAAAAAUACAGAAAUGUGUAAAUGUAAAGUGUGCUUUUUUUUUUUUGCUUUUCAAAAAGUUAUAUGGAUAAUUUUUGGUCUUUGGAGCAACUUUCAUUCCUUUAAUGAGGUUUUCCUAUUUGUGUGGGUUUGGUAUCACUUGCAAUAAUGUUUGCUGUUUUAAAUCCACUCUGCACUGUGUAACUUUAACCAUGAGCUGAUUCCUUUUUCUGACUAUGGAAGCUAUUAUUAUUAUUAUUAUUAUUAUUUCUUUAGACACUUAAAUCACUCUAAUAUUAAUUUGGAUGUGUUCAAAUGUUCUACAGUUGUCUUAGUUCUUCAAUAGCACAUGCAGUGUUGUCAUGUGGUAGAUGUUCAUAACACAAAAAUUCCUCAUUAAUAGUUUUACAGACUUUAUUUAAGUUCUUUUGUGAUCAUAUAUGUACGCUGCAAAACUUCCUACCAUUUCUACUCUGUAAAUCCAGCUCCUCUUAACAUGAUGGUGUAGAUGUGAAUCAUUUCUAACAUCUACAGUGGUUUUGUGGUUUUCAUGCAUGAAGCUGAAAAUAAAAUCCUCAUUUCAUUCUA